ACAGUUACUGGCCUUCUGCCAACAGUUCAGACCCACCACCAUCGAGCUACAGAGACUGUUAGGAACUCAGAUGGGCACAACCUGGCCUAGAGUGGGGGGGUGGCUUUCCUACAGUGGAUAUAAGGCUGAAAAAGACAGAGUGGGACCAUGCUGAUAACAUACCAUAUAAGCAGGCUGUCACUGACCUCUGUGACAAAAUAAAGACUCUCUUUCCCCUGAGAAUGGAUUUGGGAAAGAUAACAGCCUGCAAACAAAAAGAUGGUGAAACUGUAGUAUUUGGCCAGGCUCACAGAGAUCCAUUUUACACACAGCCGACUGAAAAAGCCUGAAGCUAUGGGGGGUAAUAAUACAAUCACCCCCUGGGAAGUACACCUACGUGACCGUUUCAUCAAUGGCAUCCACCCUGAGAUUGCGGACAUGGUGAAACGCGACUGUGUGAGCUGGGAGUAUGGUAACCUGGAGAUCAUAGAGAGCCACGCUGGAUGAGAUGAGCUAAGGAAGAAAAGUAUGCAGCUGACGGACAGAUGGCGCAGCUGAGGGCGUAUGAGAAUCAGAACAGAGACCAAGGCCGACGAGGAGACCAAGGCCGACGAAGAGGAAGAGGACGAGGAAUGUGGCAAAUGGGACAUUGGGCAAAAGAUUGCCCCAAGAAUCAUGAGCAGGCUGACUGACUAGAUGGGGUGUCGACGCCAGGUCGGGAAGGAGCUGGCUUGAACACUGAACUAGAGACGACAGAGCAUUCUUAACAUCAGUUACGUAAGAGCACCCACACUGACACAAAAGAGCAUGUGAACACACAACACACACAGAGAUUGAUAAGUGACGCUAUCUCUUACCUUGAGCACACACAAGCCACUGAUGACAAAGCCCCAGCAGAGAUAUACACCGAAUAUACACAUGAUGCAUACAAACGCAUGCCUGAACACACAAUCAAUGUUGCUGGAAAAGAUGUUUUUCUUGUGGAUUCUGGUGCAACUGAUUCUGUCAUCAGAGAGUCAGAAUUUGCAGUCCUUCCAAAGAUGAGUGGCAGAUUUGUGAGGACAGUAGGAGUUUCAGGAACACCCCUGGUGAAAAGGUGUACCACACUAUUGUCAUGCAGCGAAGAAAUUGAGAAAAACUUUAAACAUUCAUUCUUGUUAUCUAAACGAUGCCCGAUCAACAUUAUCGGAAGAGAUAUGAUGAUAAGAUUGGGAAUUAUUCUGAUUUCCACUCCCGAAGGCAUCAUUGUAGCCAGAAUUUUUGACACUGCAUCACAAUAUGUAAAACACAGUAGCAGGGAGCUAAUGUACUCUUGUCAAUGGAAGCUGCCUCACACAGCUGCUGGUUCUGUAAAUAACACUGAUCACCGAGGUCAAAGCUCUCUUUCCAGACAACUAUACACGAAUAGACAUCAAGGAACCACAAGAGACACUGCACAUCACAUGUACAUCUUGGGGUUGAUAAAAAUUGAGGACACAUGGUUCAGGCAAGACAAAGACAGAAACACAUUAAAGCUGAUCUGGUUGUACUGGAAUGAUAAAAAAUGCACUGUCUCAGUAGCUUUCGAUGAUCCACUUUGGAAAGCUUUGCUUCAAGUCCCUAACAUAUCCUCAUGUCCCCCUGGUCAAAGCAAAGCAGGAUACAUGGGAAUGCUUGGGCCCUUGGACCAGACAUUGUAAGGAAGCUGUUGGUUGGGUAAAGACAUCAGACUCAGGGUGGAUUUUCACAACCAACUUCAGGUAUUCCAAAAAAGAUUUUUAGCUAUAGCAACAGGGGUAAGAAGCAUUGAGCUCAUUCCAGGUUCAGAGGUUUUAAUGGCCAGUUUGGUAACAACAGAUGAUGAAAUAAGUCAUGACAAAAACAUUUUUGUGAAAGACGUCUCAGAAAUUCCUGAGUUAAAUCAGGUACCAUCCUGUUUGUGGGCACAACACAAGUGUGAUGUAGGAUUAAUCAAAGAUGCAGAGCCUGUAGUAAUCAUACCAAAAUCUUCAUACAGGCCGUGUCAGAACCAAUAUCCUUUAAAGAAGGAAGCUGUUGAUGGUAUUAAACCGGUGUUUGAUUCUCUUUUAAAAGCAGGAGUGAUUAUUCCAUGCGCAAAAUCUCCAGUCUGGACACCUAUUUUUCCCGUAUGAAAACUCCGGGACACCGGAGAGCCACAACAUUGGAGAUUCGUGCAGGACUUGCAGGCAGUGAAUGCAGCAGUAGAUGUGCGAGCACCCAAUGUUCCCAACCCACAAACGAUACUCUCACAGGUGCCACCUGGGACCAGCGGCAGACGGUGAACCUCACGAUUGUGUGGCAGUGAUAACAGAGACUUGCUCCCCCGGACCAGAUCUGCAGGAAACACCAUUGAUCAAUCCAGAGCUGGAGCUGUUUGUUGACGGCACAGCAUCACAAGAUCCAGCAACAGGUAAAAAUCUUGCAGGGUUUGCAGUAACAACCUUGUAUGAAACAAUUCUGGCUAAACCACUCCCAUCAAAUUACUCAGCACAGGCAGUGUUAGUUGCAUUAACGGAAGCAUGUAAAUGUGCUAAUGACCAAACUGUGAACAUUUUCACAGAUAGCAGAUAUGCAUGGGGAGUGGCGCAUGACUUUGGAAAACUCUGGGCAAACAAAAACUUCCUUACAUCCACAGGCAACCCCAUUGCACAUCACACACUGGUUGCUGAACUCUUGGAUGCUGUGCUGUUGCCUAAGCAGAUUGCCAUUUGUAAAUGUGAAGUACACACUAACAACCUUGAUCCUAUCUCACAGGGGAAUGCCAGAGCGGAUAAGGCAGCAAAAGCUGCUCCGAAACAAACACCGACCACUCAGUGUGUUGCAUUAACUAAUGAACCUCUGACACCUACAGCUGAUCUGCAGGGACUGCAGACAAGAGCAACGGCAGAAGAAAAAGCAGUGUGGCGAAAGGCAGGCUGCACUAUCACAGACAAAGUGUGGUAUGGACCAAGUGACAGACCAUGCUUACCAAAGUAUCUGUUCCAUUAUUAUGUUGUGUUGACCCAUGGGCGAGACCAUGGGUCAAAGAGUAGCAUGGUGCUGGAGCGGAGCAGAUGCUGGUUCGCAAAGGGAAUUAAUAACUUCUCUCAAAAAUGUAAUUUUGCCAAAAAUGCAGAUGGAUUUCAUUGAGCUGACACCCAGUGAGGGAAAGAAAUAUUGUUUGGUCAUUGUUGACAUGUUCUCUAAUGGCCAAACAGGAUUCAGCAGCAGUAGCAAAGAGUCUUAUACGACAUAUCGUCCCACGCUGGGAUAUUCCAGAUAAGAUCUCCAGUGAUAACGGUACACCUUUCAUGAGCGCAGCACUGAAGUGUGUAGGAGAGUAUGUUGGUAAUGAUUUAAAACAUCAGAAUCAGAAAUACUUUAUUGAUCCCCAAAGGGAAACUCUUUGUUACAGUGGCUCGCCUUUACGUCGGUGCACACAGGAGAAAGUACUAGCAAACAAUAUAAUACAAUACACUUAAAUAAAUUAAGUACCAGAUGGGUUAGUAUAUGGGCCAAUCAUGACUACCAAUCCAACAACCCAGGCCGGUAUGGUUGGAUUCACCAGACAGUGCUACACAUCUAGAGAUCACUUCCUGGGGACUUCAGCAUGCAAACAGAUUGUCACUACAACUUGUGGCAUUGAGUGGAACAAAGGAGCCCAAAGCGAAUGCAGGGGACCUCAGCCAUACAUCGCUCAGCUGAAUCUGACUGACACCACCAGCUUACACGGCCCAGGAAGCGACAAUCCCAUCGUCCUGAUGCCUACGCAGGAUGGAUUUGGAUCCCUAAGAGAGCAAGUGUGGGUGUAUGUGGACAACAUGUUUAUCAAUCCCUCAGACCAGGGUGGUGUGGCACCUGCUACCUUGCCACGUUGAUAACAUCUGUGAACCUUCUACCCACGCAUUUUCACACCCACUAUGCUCACUAUUACUUACCACACAGAGCACGGCGAUCCACUAUGAGAGUGUCACCAGGGGAGAAAGGAAUCAGUGGCAUCCUCCUCUGGUGGGGGACUGUGAAUAAUGCACACAAGAUAGACCACCUGGCCAUAGAUCUUGAGAACCUGACGGCACUGGUAGAGGUAGGGUUUUCUACUCUCACUCCUACCAUGCAGGGGAUCAAAAACGUGGCCCUGCAGAACAGAAUGGCUUUGGACUUGAUGCUGGCUAGUCAAGGAGGAGUUUGUCAUAUUAUUGGGACUGAUUGCUGCACCUGUGUUCCAGACAUCACAGACAAUAUGACUCAUGUUGUUUCCCAUCUGAACGACCUACUGCAUGAGGAGAAAAGCCUAGACUCCCAGAGUGUGGGAGGAUGGGACAUGUGGUCAUGGCUGACUAUGGGAGGAUGGAAGAAUGUGUUGAUGAAAAUGUUGGCACCUGUGCUCCUAGUUAUUGUGCUCUUCCUCCUUUUGACCUGCUGUGUAAUUCCCUGCUUCAGAUCAAUAAUUGCUACAGCAAUUAAAUCAUCUAUGGGUCAGUAUAUGAAUAUGCCAAUAGAAACAUCCAGCUCUGUUGAAUGGAUUCCACCGUUUGACAAUGAGAUAAUUUGAGGAGAAUAAAAUUGCAUGUAACCACAUUGGAUUUUGAAGUAUGAUGCAAAUUUAGAAUAGAAUGCUCAUGCAUGCUCAUAUAUUACUGCUAGAGCUAUUUACCUAAUGGUUACAGUUAUAAUAAUAAUAAUGAUAGUUCUGUUGUUUUGUUGAUUCCUGCAUGCUUAUUGUUUAUAACUUAGUUCUUUGGUUUAGUCUCAUUAAUUUUUUUAGUUCAUUUCUAUUUGCAUCCAUUUAUAAUGAUAAUGACUGCUAAUGACAGGCUACUGAAUUGAAUGUUGCUUGAUAAGCUAAUGAUAAGUAUAUGUGGGGUUUUUCUUCCUCUGACACUUGAGGUUUUCCCCACUUGUCUGGUUGUUUGAUUUUUCCUUUCCUACUUAACGUUUGUUCUUAAUUAUUUUGAUUAGCAUUUAUUUUAAGAUCAUU